AUGGGUUUUUCUCUUCAUGGGGAGGUUGUUAAGAGAGGAUUUGGACUAGAUGGUUACAUUUGCAUUGGCCUAAUUGAUAUGUACUAUAAAUUUGGUUACACCGAAUUCGCGAGAGAAGUGUUUAAUAAGAUGAGUGAGAGAGAUGUGGUAGCUUGGAAUGCGAUGAUUUUUGGUUAUUCACAAGUUGGUGAUCCUAAAGAAACGUUGAAAGUGUUUAGAGAGAUAAUGGGUAUAGUGUUGAGGCUUUGGAGAUUUUCGAAGUUAACAAGAGAGAAUGUGAGGCAUAAUCAAGUGCAGAUAGUUGGGGCUCUUUCGACAACAAUCGAUCUGAGAGAUAUUGAGAAAGGGAAAGAAAUCCAUGAUUACUUGAUUCAAAGGGGAACUAGUUCGGAUAGCGAGGUAAUCACCACACUUAUAACAAUGUAUGCUAAGUGUGGAAACCUCAAUCUGGCAAAGGAAUUGUUUAAUGAGAUAUCAACUUUGAAGCUAGGCAAGAGUAUUCAUGGCUAUGUUAUGAAAGUUGACAUGGGUAUGGGAUUGGAUGUUUUGAUAAGAACAGCACUUGUGGCAAUGUAUGUAAAGUGUGGAUGCUUUAGUCAUGCAAAGCUUUAG